AUGAAGUUCGGGCAAUACCUCGAUGAGAACGCGGUGAGGGAAUGGAAGGAGCACUACGUGAGGUAUAACGCCCUGAAGAAGGUCCUGAAGGCGAUCGUCGCGUCUCGGGAUGAGGCCGCCGCGCUCGGGGACGACGCGGGGGCGGAGAGGUUCACCCCGCCGAAAUCGCUCGCGCAGUUCUCGCUCACUUUAUCGCCGCGCAAGCCGCAGGGGAACGCGAGCGCGCAGGCGACGGAGACGCGGUUCUUCGAACUGCUGGACGACGACAUGGAUCGCGUUCGGGACUUCGUCACGAGCACGCUCUCCAGGCUCAAGGACGACGUCGCGAGCUGCGCGGCGGAGAUCGACGACGCCGUGAGGCGCGACCUCCCGACGAUCGCGGCGACGUGCGGGUCGAAGACCUCCUCGAUCGCGUCGCUCGAGUCCGUGUCCUCCGUCGUCGCCGCCGCCGCCGCGGAGGGCGGCGAGAACGGGUCCGGGUCCGCGUCGGCGUCGAGCGGCGAAGACCAGGACCAGGGGUCGCCCUUCAGCACGCUCAGCGGCGACGUGGUCGAGGAAGCGACGCGCGUCGUCGACGCGCUGCGAGAACGCCUGCAGCGCGUCCAGGACGAGUUCCUUCGCAUCGAGAAGUUUGCGAACCUGAACAUGAUGGCGUGCUACAAAAUUUUGAAGAAACACGACAAACUCUGCCCCCACACGGUGUGCUGUCGGUACUACCUCGAACGUCUGCAUCAGCUGCCGUGGAUUCGCGCGGAUCACUCGAGCGUCUUCGUCGUGCAGAUGUCGGACCUGUUCGAGCUUCUGCGCGGCGACCGGACGCGGAAGGCGAACGGGAAGAAGAAGAAGGCGAGCGAGCGCGACGGCGCGCAGGACUUUGUCCGAACGACGCGGAAGUACUGGGUAUCGCCCGAGGACGUCAGCGGCGUGAAGCAGAACAUCGCGCAGCACUUGCCCGUGUUUCUCGUCGAGCGCGAGCGCGUGAAGGGACUGGUGGAAGCCGCCGCGGGCGAGAGCGGCGACGGCGUCGCGCCGGGCUUCGCGGGGCUGACGUUGCCCUCGCACGCGGACAGCCAGAUGACCAACUCGGUGUACCUGGACAACGUGCACUUGGAGCUGUACCACGCGAGACUGAAGAAGGCGCCGCGCGCGAUCGCCAUUCGGCUGCGCUGGUACGGCCCCGCGCCGACGGGGUCGGUGUACGUCGAGAGGAAGACGCACCGGGAGAGCUGGACCGGGGAGGAGAGCGUCAAGGAGCGAUUCGCGCUUCCGGCGGCGUACAUCGUGCCGUAUCUCCAAUGUAAGCACACGUGGGAGAAGGAGGAGUCGCGGCUUCGCGCGCAGCACGCGAAGAACGAUCGCGAGCGACCAACGUCCGGCGCGGAGCUGAAGAAGAUCAAGACGCUGUUCACGGAGGUGCAGAGAGCGAUCGAGAGCAAGCAGCUGCAGCCGACGCUUCGCACGGUGUACAUGCGGACCGCGUUUCAGGUGCCGUACGACGCGAGCGUGCGUUGCUCGCUGGACACGUCCCUCGCGAUGCUCGUGGAGAAUCCCGCGGGAGGGCCGUCGUGCACGGCGUUGGAGCGGUGGUACCGCGACCCGAGCGUGCCGUUGCACCGAACGGAGGUGACGCGGUUUCCUCACGCGGUGCUCGAGAUUAAGCUCGCGCUCGGCGAGGGCGUCGCCGCGCCGGACUGGGUCAACGAGCUUGUCGCGAGCGGCGCGCUGACAGAGGUGCACAAGUUUUCCAAAUUUAUGCACGGCUGCGCGGUCUUGUUUCCGGACACCGCGCAAGAGGUGCCGUACUGGGUCGACGACGUGAGCUUGCGGGAUUCGCUGCAGCACUCGGCGAGCGUGGAGACGGGCGCCGCGCGCGUCCCCCGCCCGGGCGCCGGCGACGCCGCGACGGGCGCGGCCGCGGCCGCGGCGGCGGACGCGAGGACGGACGCCGGCAAGCGGCGAGGGAGCCGAGGGAGCGACGAGGACGGCGAGCUGACGCACCCGUUGCUCCUCGCGCGCGACUUGGAAGGGCGCGACGCUUCGCGGCACGUGGUCUUGGACCUCAUCGGCGACGCGCGCGCGGAGGCGGAGGGCAUGCGCGAAGCCGCCGGUCGCCGCGGCGCCGGGUUCUUCGCGGACGUCAAGCGCUUCUUCAGACGGCUCCCCGGCGGCGGCGCCGGCGGCGGUCGCGCCGGCGCCGGCGGCGGUCGCGCGCCUUCGGUCCCGCGCAGCGUGCCGAUGCGCGUCGAGCCGAAGACGUUCUUCGCCAACGAGCGGACGUUUCUCUCUUGGCUCCACACCGCGGUGCUCAUCGGCACGAUCGGCGCCGCGCUCGUGGGCGUCCACCUCGGAGGGUCUCCGUCUGGGGCGCCGCAUAAGGACGUUCACGGGAACGAUCGAAGCACCGCGCCGCUGGUGAUCGCGAUGACGAUGCUCAGCGCGAGCGUGUGCUUGUGCGCGUACGCGACGUGGACGUUCGUGUGGCGCGGGCGGGCCAUCGCGGCGCGGAGGACGGUGGCGUUUCACGACCCGACGGGGCCGGUGGUGAUGGGCGCGAUCAUGAUGUGCGCGAUGGUCGUCGUCAUCAUCGUGACGAUACUUCAGUACGAGCGCGGCGGCGACUUGUGACGCGCGUCGUCGUCGGCGCGCGUCACAGACUCGCGCGGGAGGCCGUAGACGCGACGACGAGAUGAGAUUCUAGCUAGCUAACGCCGUAGUUGUGUUUUGGGUUCGUCGCGCGCGCGCGCGUGGAUACGAGAUAGAUC